GAGGGAGAGAAGCCUGAUAGAAUUAUUAGUUCGAAUUUGAAUUUUACGGGUAAACUAAGCCCGAGCGCGAGCAAUGGGAAUACUGAGGCAUCAACUCGGUUCGUGUGUUCCUUGUUCUCUCUGCUUGUUCCUCAAGGUCAGCCUCAUGGGCUAAAGGAUGAGCCUAGAAACUACACGACUGUACCGAGUUAUCUUGAGCCGAAAAAAAAGUUUCAGAAGCUUCUUCUUUUUGGACUGCAAGGCUCUGGUACCAGCACCAUUUUCAAGCAGGCCAAGUUUUUGUACCGGAGCAAGUUUACCCCUGAGGAACGACAGGAUAUGAAACUCAUGAUCCAGAGCAAUAUGUACAAGUAUCUCAGCAUCCUGCUUGAUGCUCGAGAACGUUUUGAGGAGGAAGAUUUAUUAGAGAGAAGAAGAUUGAAGCACUUUUCUGACUGGCUGCUCGACAUAAUUGCCACUGGGGAUUUGGAUGCAUUUUUCCCAGCAGCAACACGCGAAUAUGCCCCGCUUGUUGAGAAAGUAUGGAAAGAUCCUGCUAUUCAGGAGACUUAUAAGAGAAAGAAUGAACUCCACUUUCUUCCAGACGUAACCGAGUACUUCUUGAGCAGGGUGAUCCGAGUCAACGCCAAGGGCAUGAACGAGGGUUGCAAGUGGGUCGAGAUGUUCGAGGAUGUUCGUGUGGUCGUCUUCUGCGUGGCCCUCAGCGAUUAUGAUCAGGUGUGGGUGUCUUCAGACGCUUCCCGUGAGCCCCACCUCACGAACCGUAUGAUUCAAAGCAGGGACUUCUUCGAGUCCAUGGUCAAGCACCCGUGCUUUAAGGACACCUCAUUUGUCCUCGUCCUCAACAAGUAUGAUUUGUUCGAGGAAAAAGUCAACCGGGCCCCGCUCGGGAAAUGCCAUUGGUUCAGUGACUUUAGCCCGGUCAGGCCCCACCACAACACACAGUCCCUGGCCCAACAGGCCUACUUUUACGUGGCCAUGCGGUUUAAGGACCUUUACGCUUCCUUAACUGGCCGGAAGCUUUUCGUCUGGCAGACACGGGCCAGAGAGAGGCCCACAGUGGACGAGGCCUUCAAAUACAUACGAGAGGUCGUGAGGUGGGACGAGGAGAAGGAGGAUAUGUACUAUGCAGCCGGAGGGGAGGACUCGUUUUACAGCACAACUGACGUGAGCACGUCCUCAUUUGCCCGCCAAGAGUGA